AUGGCUACGAGUGGCUACGCGGGCGGGGAAGCGCCAGUACAGACGCAAUGGCUACGCGAUGCGCCCGCCUGCCGUAGCGCGGUUACGUUCACUACACGGAAACACGACAAGAUCGCCAUCCUGUUUGUUUUAUGUAAAGAAAAAAAUGGAAAUUUCUAUGGAAGACGAGCUUGCAUGAAACCGGCGCGACGGCGACGGUGGCGGGCGGGAGGCCACCGGCCACGCGAUCACUUUGCUACGAGCACCGCGCGGGCCGCACGCCGAUGGCGCCCUUUACAGGACACUAUGAGGAUACUCAAUGCUACUGAUAACGGCAAUAUUGCUGUGAAUACAACAAACAGGUCUUCGUUUGAUGAUAUAGAUAACUACAGUUGGCAAGAUUCUGAUACUUCAGUUGUCAGGAUAAACAGUGUUACAGAAGAAAACGUCCAUUUUAGUAAUCAUAACAAAUAUCAUAAUAACAUUAUUGACAAUAGAUUUUCAAAUACUUUAAUAAAAAGAGAAACAAACACUGAAGAUAAAGUAUGUAAUAAGCAAUUUAGAUUAGCUAGUAAUAAUAUUGACAUAAAAUUGAAUAUUAACAGUAAAAACAUAGAUCUGGAAAAUAAAAAUCUGUUAGUUGGCACGGAAUGGCAUAAAUGUUGUACAGUUGAUGCCAAUGUAUCAACAGAUACAACUCCUGCUGAUGACGAACGCGCGUUUGAGCAAUCUGACUCAGAUGAAAUGUCUGAGAACAGUGUGCGUCCUGUGCCUCGAGGUAUAGUAAACCCAAAUUAUCCUGGGUUUCAACACUUAGCGCAUACUUUAGAGGACUAUUCUUCAAAUAUUGAACCGUUUUAUCAUUCAGAAAAUGAUAUGACGGACGAAGAUUUAGAGACAGAUAUCGCUGAGACAAACUGUAAUAGUGAAGAUAAUCCUAAAAUUAAAGCUUUCGAAACUAUAAAUAAUAAUAAUAAAGAAUUUGAUCAUGUACGAAAAGACAAUUUAUCCAAGGACUCGAAACAAACUUUGCCUCUUUUGGAAUCAAAAAAAUGUAGUCCUAUAUCAGAAAAUGAAAUACCAGAUUUAUUAAAAACUAUUACUCACAAUAAUAAUAAUAAUGUUGAUUGUGCAAAUUAUGAUUUUAACUGCUCAGCGACUGAUAUAGAGAAUAAUUUUCAUGUAAAGGAUAUAAUAGGUGAUUUUAAUAAAGAAGUUGAAGACGAAAUAAGACAUUUAUAUAAUUAUAAUUUAAAUAUUGAAAGUGACCUAGAAGAACUCCGAAAGGAUAUAAAAGAUACAUUAGUAAAACCAAUCGAAAACACUAUAAAUAAUAUAAGCGAUGUGGUGAAUCACGUCAUAAAGAAAUUAGUAGAAAAUGAAGGCUAUGAAAAGAAUGAUGCACUGUCACCUGAUAUAGUAAAUGAUCACGAAAUGGAAGACAUUACUAAUAUCAACAAAGAUAAUGAAACUAAUACAAGAACAGAAAUUAAUAUAAGUAGACCUACAUUUUUGUAUAUAGAUAAUAACGUUGAUAGUAAAAUAACUGAUGCUAUUUUAUCAGAUGGGAAGGAUGAAAUUAAUAUUUAUGAAGAUGAUUACGAUACAGAUCAGCUAAGUCAAAACGUAGAAAACACAAUAAAACAAUUAAGUACGGAAUUAAGGAAAAUUAUACCAAAAUUAAAUGAAAUGCGUGAACGUGAUAAAAUAUGGAACGAAAACAAACAAGAAACAGCUAUGGUAAUUGAUGGAAAUUCCAAUAACAUUGUAUCGACAUCAAACGCUCGGACUCAUGAAUCUAGGAUUCGGUCGCAACUCUACGAUGAUAAAACUAAAAGGAACCCAAAACAUAAACAAAGUUCUACUGCUAAACCUCAUUCGAUUAAGGCUUUAGUUGAAUCAAAAGUUCGGCAAAAUUCUAUCAAAACUCCAAAAGCUCAUAAUGCGUCCGUCCGUAAAAAUGAUAAUUAUAAUGAAACUGAUUUUGAAAGCUUCGAUGUAUAUAAUAUAGAAACAGCAUUACCAAAAUUAGACCUGGAUACAAUUGAAAAUCAUAUAAGAGCAGCUAAAGAAGCCGAAAGACGUAUAACAUUUGCUGCCUUCAAAAAAUCUGAUGAUAUAACUAACAACGUAGAUAAAGAUACAUCUGGAGUUAAACGAAGUCUGAUAAAUCUAAAAUCAAAGGUGUUGAAGCCAAAUAAUACUGAAGAUUUAUCAGUACAUAAUUAUUAUAAUGAUACGGCUUUAAGUCCUCGUGCUAUAGGAGCAGGACAAUCUGCACAAACAGAAAUAGAAUGGCCCAUACUCUCAGACAAAAAUCCAAAUAUCUUAGACAGGUUUACCAGAAUCGUUACGAUUACAAAUUAUGUUCCUUACGAUAAAAAAAAACGCAAUGAUAGAGAAGAAAUCAGAAAAAGACUAGCAAUGGGAGUUGAUAGUGAAGAAUACUAUAGUUUAGGUCACAUAGACCGUCCAGGGAAGAAACCAAGUCUGCAUUCAAGGCUUCAAAAUGGGAAAAAUCUACAAAUAUGUUUUAUGAAUGAAACAGCAUCAGACAAUGAAUCUCAAACUUCUGAUAUAGAGAAAAAUUUCAACUGUAAUAGUAAUAGUUCAUCACAAUCAAGUCUCUUUAUCAAGAACAAUUUUAACCAUCCAUACCAAACAAGACCACUUUCAGUUAAUAUUACAAAACAUGAGAAAAAUACCAAUACACAAAGUGGUCCAAAAUUACGUCCCACAUCUUUAAUGCUCAAAUCUUCAAAGUCUCGGUCAACAAAAUCAUUAGGGCAUAUUGAGUUCAGGGAGUCAGAUUUCUUUGCGUUACAAUCAACUCUUCAAACCGAGGCCAGGAUAGCUUUAGCUCAAGCAAAGGAAAUGGCUCGUAUACAAAUGGAGCGCGAGCGUCGCGGGCGCGCCGUGUCGCCGGUGACGGAGAUGCUGCGGCGCAGCAUGGAGAAGGCGCGCGCGCCGCUGGCGCCCGACCGCCGCCGCGUGUCGCGACAUCUCCUCACCGACAUGAACAUUGCGCAGCUACAGGUGAUAGUCAACGAAUUGCAUUCGCAAAUAGAGGCACUGAACGACUCAUUGGUGAAACUAUUGAUGGCUCGUGACGAGCUGCACAUGGGACAGGACUCCAUGCUCGUGGACAUCGAGGACUUAACCAGAUACCUAGGUGUUAAGGAGCAAACAAAGAAAACCAAAGGCACUACUAAGUCAGGCGUAAGGAGGCUAACAUCUUUAGUGCACAAA